AUGCCCGUCGCCGGCGCUGUCGCAACAGGCCUCCUGGCCGCCCUGCACGGGUAUAUCACCGUGCUCGAGAUGUUCAUGUGGACCAAUGUCAAAGCCAACGGCAAGAACGCCUUUGGCCUAUCCAAGGAUUUUGCCAUGAAGACGUCGGUCCUCGCCGCCAACCAGGGCCUCUACAACGGCCUGCUGGGCGCCGGCCUGGCCUGGGCCGCCGCGCACCCCAACCCCGAGUUCGCCAGGCAGCUGCGCCUCUUUUUCGUCGGCUGCGUGUGCGUGGCGGGUUCCUAUGGCGGCUACAGCAGCAGCAGGAAGCUCUUUAUGGUCCAGGGCUUGCCUGCUUUCAUCUCUUUUGCAGCUGUUUACCUGAACCUAUAA